UGUUGACGCGAUGGUAACCAAUGUGGUAUUUUUGUUUUACUACUAGAUUUUCGUAAAUAUUGUGAUUGCUUACUUUCAGAAAUAUAUGUUAGUGCAAAUAUAGUGACUCAGCUUUAGGUUUACAUUUUCACUAUGUGUGAUAGCGACGAUCCUGAGGACCAUGGUCCAACUAUGGACUUGACCGGGUUUCUGUUUGGAAAUAUUGACGAAAGUGGUCAACUGGAGGAUGAUGAAUUGUUAGAUGGCGAUUCCAAGAAGAUGCUUGCGUCUCUUAACCGUUUGGGACUGGGCUCUAUGCUAUCCGAAGUCUUAGACGCUGAAGAACCUAAUAAAGACGACGAGGAAAAAGAUUAUAAUGAAAAAAGUCCGUCAGCAGUUGAUUUUUUUGAUAUUGAUGAUGUCGCAGAAGAACCAAAAGAUGUAGAACUAAGCACUAACCAACAGCACGAAAGUGAGAUAAAAGAGGAGGUUACCCACAAAAAUGAUGCACAGAAGCCUGUUGAAGAGAGUAGAGAAGAAGAGUUAGACUCGAUGAGUUGUCCACAGAAAGAAGAUGUGGUAACAAAAGAGGGCUGGAGCAGCGAUAAUAUGUAUGAAAGUGCUCAGCCUAGCAACGAUGAUGGGUAUGAAGGUGACAUGGAAGGCGACGGAGGACUCAUGCCACCACCAUCCAUUAUACCAUCGAAUCAGUCCAAGUCUGAGAAACCAAAGAAAUUGGAAACACCGUUGGCAGCCAUGUUACCUUCUAAAUAUGCAAAUGUUGAUGUUACAGAAUUAUUUCCUGACUUUAGGCCUGAUAAAGUACUACUAUUUUCUCGACUAUUUGGACCGGGGAAGUUAUCAAGUUUACCUCAAAUAUGGCGCGGCGUGAAGAAGCGUAGGCGACGCAAGCGCAGCGGCAGCACUAGCAGCGACACCCCGGCUUACCCGCCAGAGAACCAGGAAGUGCAGUAUGCUAGCGACGAUGAAGAGAAGUUCCUCAAACCUAUGGAAGAAAACCAACAAUCGAACUCUGACAACAACUCUCCAAAUCAGGACAAGUCGCAGAAACCGACGCCUGCGCACUGGCGGUUUGGGCCCGCGCAGGUUUGGUAUGAUAUGCUCAAUGUACCCGAAACAGGCGAAGGGUUUGACUACGGUUUCAAAGUGAAGCCUCCUUCACCCGAAAGAGAAGAAAAAGAAACAAACAAAGAUUCCGCUGAUGAUGAGGAAAAAUCAGAUAGUCCUGAUAGCGGAUUUCCCGAUGACGCGUUUCUCAUGGUUUCUCAGCUACAAUGGGAAGAUGACGUCAUUUGGGAUGGAAGCGAGAUUAAACACAAGGUGUUAGCUCGUCUGAACAGCAAGAGCAACGCGGCGGGGUGGGUGCCGACCUCAGUGAGCCGCACCGCGCAGCAGUUCUCGCACCCCAGGCCGCAGCCGCCGGCACCUUUGCAGGCUAAACCUUCCACAACAACAGCAUCAGCAACUAAUGCCCCGCCAGGCGCGGCCACCGCAGAGGGCGAAGACAACACCUGGUAUAGCAUAUUCCCCGUGGAGAAUGAGGAACUGGUCUACGGAACCUGGGAAGACGAGGUUAUAUGGGACGCCGAGAAUAUGCCAAAGAUUCCCAAGCCGAAGAUAUUGACGUUGGACCCUAAUGAUGAGAACAUCAUCUUGGGUAUACCUGAUGAUGUUGACCCGUCAAAGAUUACAAGGGAGCGUGGUCCAGCUCCAAAGGUGAAGAUUCCCCACCCGCACGUGAAGAAGUCGAAGAUACUGCUGGGCAAGGCCGGCGUCAUCAACGUGCUGCAGGAGGACGCGCCGCCGCCGCCGCCCAAGUCGCCGGAUAGAGAUCCCUUGAAUAUAUCCAAUGACGUAUACUACCAGCCGAAGUCUCAAAACCCCCGUCUGAAAGUCGCAGGAGGUCAACUCAUACAGCACAGUACGCCAGUGGUAGAACUGCGCGCUCCAUUCAUACAAACCCACAUGGGUCCUGCUAGGUUAAGGGCCUUCCAUCGACCGGCAUUGAGAAAGAUGUCUUACGGCCCAUUGGCAGCUCCUGGACCACAUCCUGUGCAACCAUUGCUGAAGCAUAUCAAGAAGAAGGCUAAGCAACGUGAAGCCGAACGAUUAGCAUCAGGCGGUGGAGACGUAUUCUUUAUGCGUACUCCGGAAGAUCUGAGUGGGAGAGACGGGGAACUCGUAUUAGUCGAGUUUUGUGAGGAACACCCCCCGCUCAUCAGCCAAGUUGGCAUGUGUACGAAGAUCAAGAAUUAUUAUAAACGGACUGCGACCAAGGACAAUGGCCCCAAGCCUCUAAAAUAUGGCGAAGUAGCAUACGCCCAUACAUCACCUUUCCUAGGAAUCCUAUUGCCGGGCGCGACUCAGCCCGUGGUUGAAAAUAAUAUGUAUCGAGCGCCUAUAUAUGAACACGCUUUGCCGCAGACGGAUUUCCUGGUUAUACGGACUAGACAAGCCUACUACAUUCGCGAAGUUGAUGCACUGUUCGUGGCUGGACAGGAAUGCCCCCUUUACGAAGUCCCCGGACCUAAUUCGAAACGGGCGAAUAAUUUUGUUCGAGACUUCUUACAGGUAUACAUUUAUCGACUAUUCUGGAAAUCCCGAGACAACCCCCGCCGCAUCAAGAUGGACGACGUAAAGCGAGCGUUCCCCUCACAUUCAGAGAGUUCUAUCAGAAAAAGGCUAAAAUUAUGCGCAGAUUUCAAGCGUACAGGGCUCGAUUCCAAUUGGUGGGUACUCAAACCUGAUUUCCGCCUGCCAUCUGAGGAGGAAAUCCGUGCCAUGGUGUCCCCUGAGCAGUGCUGCGCCUACUUCAGUAUGGCGGCGGCGGAACAGAGGCUCAAAGACGCUGGGUACGGGGAGAAGUUCAUAUUCACACAGCAAGAGGACGAUGAUGAAGAAAUGCAGUUGAAAAUGGAUGACGAGGUAAAAGUGGCGCCAUGGAACACAACCCGUGCUUACAUUCAAGCAAUGCGCGGGAAAUGCUUACUCCAACUGACUGGACCAGCGGAUCCCACCGGCUGUGGGGAAGGUUUCUCGUACGUGCGGGUACCAAACAAACCUACACAACAGCCCAACGAAGAGCAACAGCAAAAGAGAACUGUGACUGGUACCGAUGCUGAUUUGAGGAGACUAAGUUUGAAUAAUGCCAAGGCUUUAUUGAGAAAGUUCGACGUGCCUGAGGAAGAGAUCAAAAAGCUAUCUCGGUGGGAGGUUAUCGACGUGGUACGAACAUUGUCCACUGCCAAGGCGAAGGCUGGCGAAGAGGGCAUGACUAAAUUCUCUAGAGGCAACCGAUUUUCUAUCGCUGAACAUCAGGAAAGAUACAAAGAGGAGUGUCAGCGUAUAUUCGACCUUCAAAAUCGCGUUUUACAAAGCACCGAAGUGCUCAGUACGGAUGAAGCUGAGAGCUCAGUCAGUGAGGAAUCUGAUUUGGAAGAGAUGGGUAAGAAUAUAGAAAACAUGCUGGCGAAUAAGAAGACUACUGAACAGUUGUCUUUGGAAAGGGAGGAAGCUGAAAGAGCAGAAUUGAGAAAGAUGAUCUUAGGACAAUCUGAGAAGAAGCCACAGAUCAAUCAGAACGACCAACAACUAUUAUCUAAUCAAGGACGAGUCCUCCGUAUAGUGAGAACCUUCCGCAACGCAUCGGGUCAACGCUACACCCGCGUGGAGUUAGUUCGCAAGGCGGCCGUCAUAGAGGCCUACACUAAGAUUCGGUCGACAAAAGACGAAGCCUUCAUACGACAGUUUGCGACUAUGGAUGAGACGCAGAAGGAGGAGAUGAAGAGGGAGAAGAGAAGGAUUCAGGAGCAACUGAGGCGUAUCAAGAGAAACCAAGAAAAGGAGAGAUUGGCUGGCAACGUUCCUUCUUUCCCCGGCGAGAGCAAUUUAUCAUCUGGAGACUUGGGUUCUCCAUCAUCAGGACUAAUCCCGCUGGGUCAGAUCAAACAAGAGCCAGACCUGCCUUCGUCGUCUUCAUCGCGUAGACGUGCAAAGUUGAAACCUGACUUAAAGUUGAAAUGUGGAGCAUGCGGCCAAGUGGGCCAUAUGCGCACAAACAAAGCGUGCCCCCUUUACACUGGAUCCAUGGGCUUGGGAGGACCCUCGUCGCCCACCGACGUCGAUGUGGACUCCAUACCGGCGGACCCUGAUGAUGAUGACAUGGGUUACGUAGAAGGCACCAAAUUGACACUCUCAUCGAAGUUGAUAAAGCAAUCAGCCGAAGACCUAAAACGCCGUGGCAGCGGAGGUCGCCGCGGCGAAGUCCGGCCGGGCCGCCCGCGGCACCGGCGCGGCACCACCAGCGACUCCUGCGACUACCUCGUCAAGCGGCCGGCCGAGCGGCGCCGCACCGACCCCCUGGUCACGUUGUCCUCGCUGCUGGAAGAUGUCCUCAACCAUAUGAGGCAUCUGCCCGAUGUACAGCCUUUCCUGUUUCCGGUUAAUCACAGGUUGGUGGCCGACUACUAUCGCAUCGUAUCUAGACCCAUGGACUUGCAAACCAUCAGAGACAACUUACGACAGAAACACUACCAGAGCAGAGAAGAUUUCCUGGCCGAUGUCAAUCAGAUUGUGGAGAAUUCCACACUUUACAAUGGUGCAACGAGCAGUCUAACAGUUGCCGCGCAUAGAAUGUUGCAGCGUUGUGUUGAGAAGUUGGCCGAAAAGGAAGAACAGAUUAUAAAACUUGAGAAGCAAAUCAAUCCGCUGUUGGACGAUAAUGAUCAAGUGGCGUUGUCGUUCAUAUUGGACAACUUGCUGACGACUAAAUUGAAGGUGAUGCCCGAAGCGUGGCCGUUCCUGAAGCCUGUCAACAAGAAACAGGUGAAGGAUUAUUAUAACGUCAUCAAGAAACCAAUCGAUAUGGAGACCAUGGGCAAGAAAAUACAAGCACACAAAUACCACAGUCGUGACGAGUUUCUUCGCGACAUUCAACUGUUGGUAGACAAUUGCCGCGCCUACAACGGGCCCAACUCCCAGUUCACCAGGCAAGCUGAGGAGAUAUUGAAGGUCACGCAAGAAGCUCUGGAGAAGUUCGGCGAAAACGUGAGCCAAUUAGAAGCCAACAUAGCUCGCGUACAACAAAAGAUGUUAGAAGACGCCGAGCAUUCAGAUUUGGAGCCCGAAGAAGCUCCACCGCCGCCGCCUAGCGACGAGAAGAGGGGACGCGGCCGACCCAGGAAACACAAGCCUUCCACCUCCACGGUCACCAGCGAUGGUGGUCCACCCAGAAAACGCGGCAGGCCAAAGAAAGAUCAAAAUAGUUUGGAAGAAGAUCUGCAAUAUUCGGACAGCGGUAGCUCUGAACUGGAGGAAGUUGAACAGAAAGAUGCAGCCGAAGCUAUGGUGCAGCUCUCCGUGCGACCCGAGGACGACAUACCCCCUAUGGACACUCCAUUUGACACGUCAGAGUUUCUCAUCAAGCGCGAGGUGCCGGACGAGCCGCCGCAGCAAUCUGAUGAUCUCGUGGACUUGGAUCAGCACAGCACUGAUUACAGUUUCCCGCCGGUUGUCAAGGAGGAGCCUAUGGAACCGGACAUGAACAUGGAACCGUCUAUGAUGAUGGACGGAGCUCCCAUAGACCCGCCGCAGUUCAAAGAGGAACCGCCUGAGAAUUGGCAGCCUGAGCCUGCUAUUCAAGAUGAUCUCCAAGUUACUGACAGCGAAGAGGAAGCCGAAGAUGGACUGUGGUUCUAAAUUUAAUAAACCCAACUAUUUUCUUUCAUGAUACCACCGUGAGAGCGCCGUAAGCGUUAUCAUCAAUAGCUAAUUUCUGAGUUGAUGUCAUUAGUUUUGAUUGACCUAUGAUCUUACGGCUAGGGAAAAAAUCGUGAGAGAAUCUGUAAAUUUUUAGGAAAUUGGAUUACCAUAACUCAAAAAUAUGGGUUAUGUCCCCGUGCUAAGGUUGCAAAGGUCAGAUGGGAGGAGCUUCAUGUAAAAAACCUUAAUUAAUUAAUCCAGGAUCGUGGUUUUUGGCAAACCCCGGGCUCCGCUCCAGGGUGGAGGAGGAUGAUCAUUGUCAUAAUUAAAAACGAAACAGCGAUAGUUUUUCACGCUAGUAACGGCGUCGCGGCCGCAGUACGUGGACGCAGGUGUUAUCGCUAUGUAGUGAAAAAGUCACGAAAUGGACUAUUUCCGUCUGACUUCCAUCAUUAAGUUAACAAGGAAUUGUAUCCCAUCUGAGAUUGUUGUUGUUUACUAUAUUGUAACUAAAAUGAAUUAAAAGAAAAAUGGAAUAUAGGUGUUUAAGAAAUAAUAUUGUUAGGUAUUAUAUAUUUUAUAUAGAAAUAAAA